AUAUGAUAAGGUGUCCCACAUGCUGUGCCGAGUGAUCAAGUAUACCUCAGUCAUCUUUCCUACAUUCUCUUCUAGUCAUUCGCUUGGAAAGAUCUGAACUUGCGCUAUCCCUCACUAAACCUGAACUUACGAACACAUCUACAUGACAGGCAAGCAUGGCUCCCGCCAUUCAGGAAACGACUGAACAUGUCCUUACCGCGCCCGCCCACGCUCUCACCUGGUCCCAAGUCGCGGACGAACUCGGUGCCGAUACCGACGAUGGUCUGACCACCGAAGAAGCCAAACGCCGGCUUGGAAUACAUGGCAACAACGAGCUUGGAGAUGACGCGGGCGUCAAUCCGGUCAAGAUUCUGGUGCGACAAAUCGCCAAUGCAAUGACGUUGGUCCUGAUACUGGCCAUGGCCGUCUCUUUCGGCAUCGGAUCAUACAUCGAAGGCGGUGUGAUUGCUGGCGUGAUCGUUUUGAACGUAGUCAUUGGAUUCUUCCAAGAAUUCCAGGCUGCCAAAACGAUGAACUCUCUGAAGUCAUUGAGCUCCCCUACCGCAACAGCCGUCCGAGACGGUCAGAGUAUGAGCGUUCCCACGAAAGAGAUCGUCCCGGGCGACUUGGUCGAAAUGAAGACGGGAGACACGAUCCCUGCCGACGUUCGUCUAUUCGAAGCGAUCAACUUUGAAACCGACGAAGCACUACUCACCGGCGAAUCGUUACCCGUUACGAAGACCGCCGAUCAAGUCCUCGACUCCAACCUUGGUGCGGGAGACCGGACGAAUGUUGCCUUUAGCUCUUCCACAGUCACCAAAGGUCGGGCAAGCGGCAUUUGUUUCGCCACCGGCAUGAACACGGAGAUUGGAACCAUCGCUGCCAAUCUGCGCAAGAAAGACAGCAAGUUCCGCGCCGUGAAGAAGAACCCCGACGGCGCGACCGGACCGCAUCGAUACAUGCAAGCCGUCGUGCUCACCUUGUACGACGCCGUCGGCAACUUCCUCGGCGUCAACGUUGGCACUCCACUACAGAGGAAGCUUUCGCAACUCGCUGUACUCCUGUUUUUCAUCGCCGUGGUCUGCGCCAUCAUUGUGCUUGGCGCAAACAACUUCCAAGGUGAUCGGGAAGUGAUCGUUUACGCCGUCGCCACCGCUCUGUCAAUGAUUCCGGCAUCGCUGGUAGUCAUCCUGACUAUUACCAUGGCUGCCGGAACGCAGCGAAUGGCGGAGAAGCGAGUAAUUGUCCGCAAUCUCCGAUCCCUGGAGGCUCUUGGAUCGGUCACGGACAUUUGCAGCGACAAGACCGGAACUCUGACUCAAGGCAAAAUGCUGGCACAAUCGGCUUGGAUACCAUCCAAAGGUACAUACACUAUUGGAGAGACCGACGAGGCGUUCAACCCUACCAAAGGCGCGAUCUCUUAUCACCCGGAGGCACCCAAGGAUUUGGCUGGGAACGAAAGAGGACAACCAGCCACUUAUUCAGAAUUGGUACGCGACAACAAGGCUUUCCGAGACUACCUCAGCGUUGCAUCGUUGGCAAACCUCGCCCAUGUGCAUCAGAACGCCGAAGGAGAGUGGCUUGCUCGUGGCGAUCCCACCGAAGUCGCCAUUCAGGUGUUCGCUUGCAGGUUCCAAGGAUGGGACCGCCGCACAUCUGUCGAAGGGCGGACGGCCGGGAAAGCACCAGACUAUAAAAUGCUGAUGGAGUUCCCGUUUGACUCUAGCAUCAAGAAAAUGAGCGUGCUUUAUCGAGGUCUGCACGAUGAGAAAAAGUACGUCUUCACCAAAGGGGCCGUGGAACAGGUCCUUCGGUCCUGCACUUCCUGGGUAUCCGAGAGCAAUGCGGAGCCCAUCGCUCUCGAUGACGACUUUGCCAGUCAAGUCAUGAACAACGUGGAAGGCCUGACCAAGCUUGGGCUUAGAGUCCUCGCACUGGCUAGCAGACCGUACGAGGAAGAGUACCGGGAGGGCGAAGAAAUCGACCGCAACGCCAUCGAAAGCAACUUGGUCUUCCGGGGUCUGAUUGGACUGUACGAUCCGCCACGACCAGAAUCCGCCGCAUCCCUGCGACAGUGUCACGAAGCCGGCAUUGAAGUGCACAUGCUGACGGGCGACCAUCCCGGCACAGCUGCUGCCAUCGCUUCUCAGAUUGGGAUCCUCCCCGAGAAGCGGAAGCAUGUGAGCAAAGAUAAGGAGGAUGCCAUGGUCAUGACAGCUUCCCAAUUCGACGCCCUCACCGAUGACGAGGUUGAUGCUCUACCCAUCUUACCACUCGUGAUAGCACGAUGUACACCAACAACAAAGGUGCGAAUGAUCGAAGCCCUGCACCGCCGCGAUCGAUUCUGCGCCAUGACCGGAGACGGAGUCAACGAUAGCCCCAGCCUCAAGCGCGCCGACGUCGGCAUCGCAAUGGGCAUGACCGGGUCGGAUGUCGCCAAAGAUGCGUCAGACAUUAUCCUGACCGACGACAACUUUGCGAGUAUCCUCGCAGCCAUUGAAGAAGGCCGCCGGACAUUCGACAACAUCCAGAAGUUCGUACUGCAUUUGCUCGCGCAAAACGUGGCCCUGGCUCUCACUCUGCUCGUCGGAUUGGCGUUCAAGGACCGCGACAAUCUGUCCGUGUUCCCCAUCUCCCCCGUAGAGAUUCUAUGGGUGAUUAUGGUUACAUCCGCCAUCCCCGACAUGGGCCUUGGAUUCGAGGUGGCCGUGCCAGGCAUCCUCCGGCGCCCGCCGCAGAGCUUGAAGCAAGGCAUCUUCACGUGGGAGCUGCUUAUCGACAUGGUAGUGUAUGGGGUCUGGAUGGGCGCACUGUGUCUCGCAGCUUUUGUGCUUGUGUUGUAUGGCUUCAGCUAUGGCAUCGGAGACGCCCGCGGAUGUAACGACAGCAUUGAUGGAGGAUGUGUGGAAGAGUUCCGCGCUCGAGCCACUGCUUUUGCCUUUUUGACUUGGUCUUCCCUCGUCCUUGCGUGGGAAUGCUUGGAUCCGCGACGCAGCUUUUUCCGCAUGCAGCCUGGGUCGACCAAGUACUUGACGCAAUGGAUGCACGAUAUCUGGAGGAACAAGUUCCUGUUCUACUCGAUCAUGGCUGGCUUCGUUACAAUCUUCCCAAUCUUGUAUAUCCCGACACUGAACACGACGGUGUUCAAGCAUGACGGCAUUAGCUGGGAAUGGUCAAUUGUGCUCAUCGAGACGCUGCUGUUCUUCAUGGGCGUGGAGUUUUACAAAUGGGUUAAGCGAAGGACGCUGAGGAGUCGAGCGGAGAAGAAGAAACGGGAGAAUGCGUCUCAGACGCUCGCUUUCUCGAGCUACUCGACGCAGACGACACAGAGUAGCGAUGUGGAGAAGGCUUGAGUUGGUCGUCUGGCGGCCGGGGAAGCCUUCCGGCGGAUAUGUAACUAUGCAAGCGUGUGACGAAUCGAUCAUCGCAUUCAUAGAUAAGAGCAAUAAUGACCCAACAAGCUGUGCGGGGUUGCGGGAUUUCCCCAACUCUGAUGAUCAUCUGCAAUCUCCGCACCGCCGCUCGCACAAACG